AUGAGUAUACAUUUUGAUUUAACCAAAGCUUUCGAUCUCCUCAAUCAUUCUUUGCUACUCAAGAAAUUACAUUUAUACGGUCUCUCUGAAAAUGCCUUAACGCUCAUUGCUUCAUAUCUUUCUGAUCGUAAUCAGAGAGUAAAAAUUGACUCUGUCAAUGGACCCAUUCUUUCUAGUGUCUUACCCUUAAUGACCGGAGUCCCUCAGGGAUCAAUUUUAGGCCCACUUUUAUUUAUCAUUUUCAUGAAUGACCUUCCCUUUAAUGUCAAAUACCCCAUUUUACUAUUUGCGGAUGACACUUCUGCCUUAGUUGAGGGUGGAGAUGUAAUACUUAAGGCUCGUGAAGUGUAUGACCAGGCCUCCGCCUGGUUUAAUGCCAACGAUCUGACGGUUAACCAAAGUAAGACACAAGCUUUAAUGUACUCAGCCGGCUCUUGUAAUGCUUCAUCCACUGAUUAUUGUAUUCUAGGAGACUCAAAUAGUAUUCGACUGGAAAACUCUGUUGAGUUUCUUGGUAUCCAAAUAGAUAAAGGGCUCACCUGGAAAGAACAUACCAGUAAAGUCAUAUGUAAAUUAAGCCGAGCAUCUUGGGCCCUGCGCAACCUGUCAAGAAUAUCUACCCUUCAGUGUUGCUUAGCAUUCUAUCAUGCCCAUGUUGUUUCCCAUAUGAGAUACGGACUAAUCCUGUGGGGCCGUAGCACUGGAGCAGAGCAAGUUUUCAUGUUACAAAAAAAGCUCGUCAGAAUUAUGUUUAAUAUGCCCUGGAAUGCCCACUGCCGCCCAAUCUUCAUAGAGCAUAGAUUGUUCACCCUGACCUCCCUUUAUAUCUUGGAUAGCCUAAAGUUUGCAAUCUCAAAUGGAUUGGUAUCUCCCUCUGAUCUUCUACCGUCUCAUAAUUACAACAGCAGACAUAGAGAUAUCAAAAACGUAAAAGUCCGAUUGAAACUAUCUGAGCAAGAUUGCAAAUUUUCGGCUAUCCAAAUUAUAAAUGCUCUACCCUGGAAUAUCAAAAAACAACUCCGCGACGGUGAUAUCCGGAAGUUUUUCAAUUUACUUCGCGAUCUUCUUUUGAGCAAGGCUUUUUAUAAUUUGAACGAGUUUCUAAACUCAUCUGUUGAAUAA